AUGCUUAAGUCCCUGACCCGGGCUUGGAAGAGUCUCCUGCCCCCCGCGGCCCCACUCUCCAUGAGGAGCACUAGUAGUGGAGCCAACAGUAGGGCCACACUGGCCAACAAAGUAGCCAUGAUCACAGGAUCCACAAGUGGCAUUGGCUUGGCCAUCGCUCGGCGCCUGGCCCAGGACGGGGCCCAUGUGGUCGUCAGCAGCCGGAAGCAGCAGAACGUGGACCGGGCGUGGUGGCAGCACUGCAGGGGGAGGGGGCUGAGUGUGAUGGGCACCGUGGUGCCAUGUGGGAAGGCCGAGGACCGGGAGCGGCUGGUGGCCACGACCCUGGAACACUGUGGGGGUGUUGACUUCCUGGUGUGUGUGGCAGCAGUCAAUCCCUUGGUGGGAAGUACCUUGGGGAGCAGUGAGCAGAUCUGGGACAAGAUACUGAAUGUCAAUGUGAAGGCCCCAGCCAUGCUGCUGAGCCAACUGCUGCCCCACAUGGAGAAGAGGAGGCAAAGUUCAGUGGUCCUGGUCUCUUCGGUUUCAGCCUAUAAACCAAUUGCUAGACUGGGGGCCUACAAUGUCAGUAAAACAGCCUUGCUGGGCCUCACAAAGACACUAGCGGUGGAGCUGGCACCAAAGAACAUCCGGGUGAACUGCCUGGUGCCAGGAAUGAUUGAAACAGAUUUCAGCCAAAUGGUGAGGACCAAGACCAGCUCCUGGACCACCCCAUUGACCACUGGGAAGCCUUCCCUUGCCAGACUGGGGCAGCCUGAGGACUGUGCAGGACUUGUGUCCUUCCUGUGUUCUCCAGAUGCCAGCUACAUCACUGGGGAGAGCAUCGCGGUGGCUGGCUUUUCCCCCCACCUCUGA